AUGAAACGAAGUAUAAAUGACUAUUUUGUAUCAAAAGUGAGGUGUGUAAGUAAUAGUUCUAAUGUAACAAAUAAUAGAGAUGUUUCGGUUUCAAAUUUAACACAAGUUCCGGACAAAGACGAACAAAAUGUUAUUUUGAGUACUCCGGUGCCUAAAAAUUAUAGUAUAUUUGAUAUAAAACUAUAUAUUGAUAAACUAUUGACGAAAACCGAAAAAACGGAAGCAUUAAAUACAAUUUGGACGCCAGGUAAAAAUUAUGAUUUUCCUAUUACGCUUUAUGGUAGUAAAAAUUUAAAAUUUCAAAUGUCGUGGUUUGAUAAAUGGAGUUGGAUUGCAUAUAGUGGUUUAGAUGAUGGCAUUUAUUGCAAAUAUUGUGUAUUGUUUUGCGUCAAACAAGGUGGGAAAGGAGACCAAUCGCUUGGGCAGCUUUGCACUCAACCAUUAAAAAAUUGGAAACACGCAAUUGAAAAGCUUAAAUCGCACGAAGCUAAUAAUUAUCAUAUUAAUUGUGUUUUAAAUUUUCAACAUUUGUCUGCGGUAAUUUCAGGGGAAGAGUCUUCUGUGUAUGACCAAAUUAAUAAGGUAGCAAAAAAACAAAAAGACGAUAAUAGGAAAAUUAUUAGCCCUGUAAUUCGAUCAGUUAUACUCUGUGGUCGUCAGGGAAUUGCCUUAAGAGGCCACCAGGAUUGUGGUCCAUUAAAAUUAACUGAACCAAGUGAAAAUGAUGGCAAUUUUCGUGCUUUACUUCGAUUUUAUUUAAAUGCAACUCAAGUUUCGGGAGAUAAUACUCAUGUUUUAUUGCGGGAAAAUUGUAAAAAAAACGCGCAGUAUUAUGAUUCUGAUGAUGGGAAAAUGCACGAAGACUUCUUAAAAUUUGUACCUAUUUAUGAAGUUAAUGGUAGGAAUUUAGCAAAUACUAUAGUGGAAGAAUUAAAAAAUAUGAAUAUUGAAGUAAAUAAUUUGCGGGGCCAGGGAUACGACGGCGCUGCUGUUAUGAGUGGUAAAAUGAAUGGCGUUGCCGCACUGGUUAAAAAAGAAUAUCCUACAGCUCUUUAUAUACACUGCAGUUCUCACAACUUAAACCUAUCAAUAUCUUAUUCUUGUAAUAUACCUGAAAUAAGAAAUACCAUGGGUACAAUUGAAAGUGGAUAUUUAUUUUUAAACACUCCAAAAAGACAAAUAGUUUUCAGUGAAAAAUUGAAUUUAUUUAAAGAAGAAGAAAAGUUGAAAGAUAAUGGGUGUCAAUCAAAAAAACUAAAACUGAAACGCCUUUGUCCAACUCGAUGGGUGGAACGCCAUAAUUCGGUGGAAAUAUUUUAUGAUUUUUUACCUGUUAUUUUGAGUAGCUUAGAAGAAAUGAUCACGUGGUCCGAUAAAGAUACGGCCACGAAAGCUAAUCAACUACUUUUAGCUUUACAGGCUUCUGAAUUUCAUAUUAGUCUGGCUAUAAUUAAUAAAAUGUUCAAAUAUACCAAGCCUCUUAGUAUUUACUUACAGAAGCAAAAUAUUGAUUUAUGCGAAGCCAUUAACCAUAUUAAUAUUAUAAUAAAAGAGUUAAUGACUAUUCGAGAAAAUGCUGAAACUGUCUUCAGUGAUUUAUUCAAAAUAAUUGUAACACAAUCAAAAGAAAUGGAUAUAGAAAUUAAAAUUCCAAGACUUGCCAAAAGACAAAAACACCGAUGCAAUAUAAUGAUGAACACACCUGAAGAAUAUUAUAGAGUAAGCAUUUUUAUUCCAUUCAUUGAGUCUAUUAUUGAACAGUUAAACGACCGAUUUAAUAAUCACAGAGAAAUAAUAUCUGGGUUUCAAGCGUUAAUUGAUUAUAAUAUUAAAACUGAUCUUCAUCAACUUGUACAUUUUUAUCAAAAUGAUACCGAAUGCUAUGAUAAAGUAGUUAUAGAAAUUAAUUUAUGGCAUAGGUUUUUAAGAGAAAAUAAUAUUAAACCCACGAGUGCAUUAGACGCACUAUCAAAAUGUAAUCCGGAUUUUUAUAAAAAUGUAUAUACCUUAUUGCACAUCCUCGUUGUUCUACCUGUUACAUCGUGUGAAGCGGAACGAACAUUCUCAUCUCUCAAGAGAAUUAAAAACUAUUUGAGGAACACUACUUCUGAAAAUAGGUUGAAUGGUUUGGCUAAUCUUAAUAUUCACCGAGAAGUCCCAGUAACAGUGGAAGAAGUUAUAAAUAUAUUAUCUGAAGAAAACCGGCGCUUAGAUUUUACACUAUAG